UUUCCCUUCUCUCUCCUCUCUCUCUCUCUCUCUCCCCUCACAAAAAAGGCACCACUCAUCUUCCAUUUCCUCAAAGAAUCUCUUUUUUUUUUUUUUUUUUCCCUCUGAAGAAGAAGAUUGACAGAUUAUUAUCAUUACAGAAAGAAAAAUGAGGGGUCCUUUGGGGGCAGUCAUAGGAAGAUACCCAUCAAGUGAUGGAAGUGCCCAAAUGGGCGGAAAUGGAAUCAUUAGACACAACAGGAAAUGCAGAGAUGUUGUGUUUCUUGUGAUCUUCAGUGCCUUCUGGGUUGCCAUGAUUGUUAACUCCAGCUUUGGAUUCAACAAAGGAAACCCAUUAAGGCUCACCUAUGGACUGGACUACAAAGGAAAUGUAUGUGGGGACAAGCAUGCUGGUCUUCGUCAACUCGAACUCAGAUAUUGGUUAAAUCCGAACCAAGUCUACCAAAGUGGUCUGAAAGACAGUGGAUUCAAGUUGGCUAAUGCACGGAGUAUUUGCUUACUUGAUUGUCCCAUGCCGUCUGAUGAUGCACUGAAUUGGGUUUGUGAUUAUCCAGAAGGAGAUAUCCGUCUCUCGAUGGAUGAUUGGAUUGAUAGAAAUUUUGAUUAUUUCGAGUUUCUUACGCCAGAAAUGAGGAACACCUCUCUCCAGCUUCAGGGUCCUUGUUACCCGGUCAUAUUUCCAAGUAUUAAUGUUUAUUGGAGCUGCCAAUUUAUUGCUCGCUCAUCAAAUAUGUCUUUGAGGCAUUGGCAGCAAAUGGGUGGAGUGCACAUCAAUGAGGACAUUGUUAUAGAUAAAUCCAUUCACAGGACCAUCAAUUCUCCAUCAUCUGUUUUAAAGAGAUACAUGGCUGAUAUUGGAAAAUCAUGGCCCGUGUUAAUUGUUUGCGGAGGACUAUUGCCGCUUUUUUUGUCUGUGAUUUGGCUGCUCUUGAUCCGGCAUUUUGUCGCUGCAAUGCCUUGGAUAACAGUUGCUCUCUUUAACAUUCUCAUAAUAUCAGUCACUAUGUUUUAUUACAUAAAAGCUGGAUGGAUAGGAAAUGAUGCCAUCACUCCCAUAAUUGGUGAACAAGAUCCAUAUUUUCACGUAUCUGCAAGGGAACUACAUCAUAUCCGCGGUGUUGCUGUUCUUAUGACCUUUAUUAUGGUUGUUGCUGUUCUCACAUCAAUUGCUAUUAUCCGCCGCAUUCUUAUGGCAACAUCGGUCCUCAAGGUCGCUGCGAAGGUCAUUGGAGAAGUUCAAGCGCUCAUAAUUUUUCCUAUCAUACCAUAUGCCAUCCUUGCAAUUUUUUACAUGUUCUGGUUUUCAGCUGCUUUCCAUCUCUUCAGUUCUGGUGAGAUCCUCCAGAACAACUGCAGCGACAACUGCUGUACAUAUGAUCUCGUGUCGAAAAGGGUGAACUGUGAUCGUUGCUGCGGCUAUAGCAUUCAUUACACUCCUCACAUUGGAGUUGCCAUCCUUUUCCACUUAUUUGGGGGUUACUGGGCUACACAAUUUUUUAUAGCAUGCUCUUCAACUGUCAUCGCGGGUUCUGUAGCCUCCUAUUAUUGGGCUCGUAGUGAAACAUCACCGGAAAUUCCAUUUCUUCCAGUCUUCUCCUCCAUGAAGCGACUUAUUCGAUACAACCUCGGAUCUAUUGCUCUUGGCUCCCUGAUUCUAUCAUUUGUGGAAUCCAUCCGUUUUAUGCUCGAGUCAGUUCGUCGGAAACUGAAAGUUGCUGGCACCGCACCUGAUAAUUGGUUUGGAAGGAUGGCAUUCCAUAUUUCUAGGUUUUGCUUAAGGUGUGUCGAUUGGACAAUCAGAUCGGUGAACCGCAAUGCCUACAUCAUGAUCGCCAUAACGGGUAAAAGCUUCUGCAAGGCCUCGGCCAUUGCAACUGAACUAAUCAUCAACAACAUCCUUCGAAUAGGGAGGGUUAACGUGAUUGGAGACGUUAUCUUAUUCCUUGGAAAACUAUGCGUCAGCCUCUCGAGUGCCCUCUUCGCAUUUCUCAUGCUGGACACCCACAAGUACAGAGCCUCACACAACAAGAUCUCGUCUCCACUAUUUCCCGUGUUGGUUUGCUGGUGCCUUGGCUACGUCGUUGCAACGCUUUUCUUCGCAGUGGUUGAGAUGUCAAUUGACACCAUCAUUCUUUCCUUCUGCCAAGACUCUGAAGAACACCAAGGGACGGCGCAAUAUGCUCCACCCCUUCUCAUUGAAACUCUCAAUGACCAAAAUGAGAUGCAGAGACUUACCCAAGGACCCCAGUCAAUUUAACUGAUACAUGUAUAAUUUUUCCUUUCUCAUAUAUUUUGCUUAACGGGAUUCAAGAAUCCUUAUAUUUAAUUAGGUGUUUUUAUCCUUCACGUCUAAUGUUUCAGCCACUUUGCCUUACAGUUUUGUGUUGGCUACCUGUAUUGUAUAUGUUUUUUAAGUGCUAGGCAAAGAGUCAAAGGGAAAGGGCAAUAGAUGGAAAAGAUGUGUCUAUAGAUAAAUUCCGAACAUAUAGAAAGAGUUAACAAUUAUGUGAAAGGAAGCUUUUAUGAAUUUAGCAACAAAUGGAGGAAUCUAA